UUCAACCCCGAAAGGUCCCCAUGCAUCCAUCUUCUCCCCUUCUCGAAUGGAAGUUGUUGGGCAUUGACGAAGGGAUCUGCCAGAUCCUAAUGUCCUGGUUGACAAGGGAUCAAAACUCAGGUCCAAUCGGAGCUACCAAUGUACCAAAAUCUGACAUAAUCGAUUCGCUCCUCGGAUUUAAGAAAUGAGGAACAUGCAAACAAUUCACCAAUGUGAUAAUCCCGGAAAGUAGAAAAUACUAGAGUCUUAUCCAAACCCGCCUCAACACGUCUACAGGAGUAGUACAAGGUACGAACCAUGAUUCAUCCAGCUCCGAGUUAGCAUACAACAAACCAUGGCGGGGAAGACGCGAGGGGUACGCGGAUACUCCUCCGCGGCCAAGAUCUGCACGAUAUCACCGCAGAUCUCCGAAUGCGAACGCUCGCAUUCCAGGCGACCUCAAGAAUGCCAGUUAAGCAUAACGUCACCGCGGAUGCACUGGCCGUAAAAGAAACUCGUCAGAACUUUUUCACUACGCCUACUCAGACCUGAUUGUACACUUCGUAUACCUCCCUCUAAAUCAUAGACCAUGAAGCUCUUUUGUUUGUUUACCUCGGCUGCCCUUGCUUCUCUCGCGAUGGGCAGACCCCUCCGGGAUGUCAUCUUGAGCGCCAACUCGUCCUGUCAGGUUCAGGGAGGGGAUGAGGCUGCCAACUUGGCAUGUCGUGUUACUUGCAUUAACCAAGGCCCUGGAUGGACUGGCGGGUAUUGUGAUGAUAAACAAAUCUGCCAUUGUACGUUUGGAGAUUCUGUCUAGAAUGUAGGGUCUGCUGUCAAUGGCUUCCCUGAUUAGAUGCGGGUCGGUGAAUGGGUAUGUGGAUAUAUUCAUUUCGUGUAUGCUAUACGCAUAGUGCCAGUGCAUCCUCGGUUCAAAUUGAGCUUGCAAAUUGCAGAUGGUCAUAGAUAUAAUCUCGUUAAAGAAAAUGCUCAUGCAUUAAAAUACUGGUAUACGGCCGUAAGAGUGAACAAUGGAACUCAAAUAAUCCUUCAAAUCAAACGCCGUCAUUAAACCUGUAGUGGUUCAUCCACCUCUUAUCAUAGGGCUUCGAGGAAUCGCAGAAUCGCAGAUCAGUUGCAAGACGGAUGAUGUUAUCCUCGUCGUUGUUGAUAGUCGACGCGUGGAU